AACCGGACCCGCCCGCGGGGAUGCCGAGGAAUAAUUCUGCUGCAGGGCUGAUUUCAAGGACAUGGAUUGUUGACCUCAUCCCAACAUCAGAACCUCGGCGGUUAUUCUGAUUUUUGCACCAUUCCAGGCAAGUUGACUUUAUACGGAAAUAAAAUUGAACCUUCGAGGUCUGAUGGAAAUUCACUGUGACAUUCCAAUCAAGAAAACUUGCUGAAGCCCACAGAGCCUUUCUCAGGGGGCCUGAUGGUAGCCUCCAGAAGGUGCGGCCUCAGGUGGUCCCCCUUCUUCUGUGGCAAGAAUAAACUUUGGGUCUUGGAUUGCAACACCACCUGUGGAGAAAAUGGUAUGCGAGGGGAAGCGAUCAGCCUCUUGCCCUUGUUUCUUCCUCCUGACCGCCAAGUUCUACUGGAUCCUCACGAUGAUGCAAAGAACUCACAGCCAGGAGCAUGCCCAUUCCAUACGCAUGGAUGGGGACAUCAUUUUGGGGGGUCUCUUCCCUGUCCAUGCAAAGGGAGAGAGAGGGGUGCCUUGUGGGGAGCUGAAGAAGGAAAAGGGGAUCCACAGACUGGAGGCCAUGCUUUAUGCCAUCGACCAGAUCAAUAAGGACCCUGACCUCCUCUCGAAUAUCACUCUGGGUGUCCGGAUCCUUGACACAUGCUCCAGGGACACCUAUGCUCUGGAGCAGUCGCUGACGUUCGUGCAGGCGCUGAUCGAGAAAGACGCUUCGGAUGUGAAGUGUGCGAAUGGGGACCCACCCAUUUUCACCAAGCCCGACAAGAUAUCUGGAGUCAUAGGUGCUGCAGCCAGCUCCGUGUCCAUCAUGGUUGCUAACAUUUUAAGACUUUUUAAGAUACCUCAAAUCAGCUAUGCAUCCACAGCCCCUGAGCUAAGUGACAACACCAGGUAUGACUUCUUCUCUAGGGUGGUCCCGCCUGACUCCUACCAAGCACAAGCCAUGGUGGACAUUGUGACGGCCCUGGGGUGGAAUUAUGUUUCGACACUGGCUUCUGAGGGCAACUAUGGAGAGAGCGGUGUGGAGGCGUUCACUCAGAUUUCGAGGGAGAUUGGUGGUGUUUGCAUUGCUCAAUCACAGAAAAUCCCACGUGAACCAAGACCUGGAGAAUUUGAAAAGAUUAUCAAACGCCUGCUAGAAACACCUAACGCCCGGGCAGUGAUUAUGUUUGCCAAUGAAGAUGACAUCAGGAGGAUAUUGGAAGCUGCAAAAAAAUUAAACCAAAGUGGGCAUUUUCUCUGGAUCGGCUCAGAUAGUUGGGGAUCCAAAAUAGCACCCGUUUAUCAGCAGGAGGAGAUUGCAGAAGGGGCUGUGACGAUUUUGCCCAAAAGAGCAUCAAUUGAUGGAUUUGAUCGAUACUUUAGAAGCCGAACUCUUGCCAAUAAUCGAAGAAAUGUGUGGUUUGCAGACUUUUGGCAGGAGAAUUUUGGAUGCAAGUUAGUAUCACAUGGAAAAAGGAACAGUCAUAUGAAGAAAUGCACAGAAAAGAAAAUUGAGGUCCAUCUGGCCUAA